AUGUCUGAGCGCGGCGCAUUCCGGGGCCGCGGCGGUGGUGGCCGUGGAGGCGAUCGAGGAGGGCGCGGAGGCGGGCGCGGUGCACAUGGCGGGGGAGCAGGCGGCCAAGCGGAGCGUCCCAAGAAGGAGAACAUCCUCGACCUCGGAAAGUACAUGGACAAGGAGCUCACCGUCAAGUUCAGUGGUGGCAGAGAAGUCAUUGGUACUUUGAAAGGUUACGACCAGCUCAUGAACCUUGUCUUGGACGAGGUCAAGGAAGCCGUAAUCGAUGAGGAAGGAAACACCCGCUAUCGCAAGCUUGGCCUGAUUGUCGCCCGUGGCACCCUACUCGUCGUCAUUUCGCCCCUUGACGGCAGUGAAGAAAUCGCGAACCCGUUUAUCCAGGAGGAAGAGUGA